AUGAAUGUGUCCAAGAAGACAAAAAUGUCGGACUUGCUCCACUACCGAUUGAGAGUGAGCAGUAUAGAUGGCCGUAGCUUUACUGGAGAACUUUUGGCCUUCGAUGGACACCUAAACUUGGUUUUGGCCAACGCUGAAGAAGGCAGAUUUACCAAGAAAGCAGUUCAAGAACUCAAGAAAAACAGUGCAGAGCGACCCACAGAGCAGAAACGGUCGUUGGGACUUGUUAUUUUGCGCGGGGAGCAAAUAGUGGGUCUUAGCAUCGAGUCUCCACCACCCACCUCAGUGACGGAACGUCUUGAAAAAGGCACGGGAACCACCAAGGCUGUUCGGCCGGUGAAGGUUCCACGAGGGUUCCGGCGGCAGUGA